AUGGUCGGCUUUUUCCACAAUCACACUCAAACCGUCUCUCCUCCAAAAAGGGUCUCUCAUCCAGCCUGGGCCGCAGGCUCAACCCCGCCGCCUCAUCACAUCACUGCCUCCGAACGAGAUUCAAGCCCAGGCCCAAUGUGCACAUUGGCAGCAUAUUGCGAUUAUACUCCACAGCCAUGGUUGCCAGAACGUCACAGAAAAGAGUGCAACAUUUGA